AUGCAAGCUGGACUUAAUGAAUCAUCUCCUGAGCCUAUGACAACUACACAAACUGUCAACUGGCAGAGCCAGAGGAGUCCUUCAGAUCAUUUGACAGUUGGACACAAUGUAUCUACGCCUGGUCAAGACCUUGCUACGCAAGAGUUCAAGCAGGCAACCAAAGAGAACGUGUCUAACGUCACUUUUGUGGAGUAUGAGCUACUUCUACCUGGUGUUUCUGGUACUUCCGUGGAAAAAAAUAUCACUUUGGACAGUGCAACUGGAGUUGAACUUUCAUGCAGAUUGGACAGUGAAUACUCUAAUUUAAAAAGUCUCCAAGUGACUUGGAAGAGGGGAAAUGAAACAAUCAGACAUGUCAAUAAAACUGAAAACAGUUGGAGCAUCCAAUUGUGGAUCUCAGAUAACAGUAAGAUGGGAAGUUACAGUUGUAUUCUGGAAGGUAAAGAAGAUAUCAGUGCUACAUUUCAUUUACAAGUACCAAAAGUUGAAGGAAAAGAAAAACCCAUAAUCAGUUAUGAAGGGGACAUCAUUGUAAUGAUCUGUAAAAGUCCUGGCUAUACUCCCAUUGCCUGGACCUGGUACAUGACCAAUGGAAGUGAACAGAUUGCCAUUAAUGGCUCUUUGCUGGCAGACAAGUAUGUCAUUAAUACCAUAUCUGCCAAUGUAACCCAUCUGAAGAUAUUGAAGAUCACCAAGGAAGAUGAUGGUGUAUAUUGGUGUGAAGCUGCUUUUGAGUUAGGGAAAAGUGUAGGAAAGCUGAAGCUCAAGGUUUUGUCUCUUCUGGUGCCUCUCAAACCCUUUCUAGCCAUUAUGGCUGAAGCUAUUAUUUUAGUAACUAUCAUUUUCCUCUAUGAGCUAUAUACAAAAAGGGAAGAGAAAUGUGCAGAAGAUGAAAAAGAAUUAGACCAAGUUGAGCAACUUAAAUCAGAAGAAAGCAACGGUCUGGAAAACAGUAGUGCUAGGCACAGAAAAGUCUAA